CUUGCUUCUUAUAACAAAAUUAUUCCUAAUGGGAAUAAUUAAUAACUACAAAAAGUUGAUAUCUAACCUCUUGCCCAACAUACGACAUACGUCGUCUGCUAACGAAACUUCCUGUAUUAAAAUUAUUACAAAGGUUGAAGAAUGCACAAAUUUGUGACAAGAAUUAUAACACAUAAUACCAUUAAAAAGUUUCCGUCUAGUCCUGGAAUUACUCUGUGUCAGAUAAGACAUGCAGAUAAUGACAGUGUUAAAGAGAAGUAUACUAAAGUAGCUGUAUUUCGCAAAUAUUGGUUUUCAAGAUACUUGGAUUACAUAAAGAAUUAUGAAAAGACAUUGGAGAAGAACUUUCCAAAAACGAUGCACGUCUAUCGUGUAUUUAGUGUGGGUACCAAGGACUUUUACGUAGAACUUAAAAAGUUUCUGUUAAUCAAGAAGAAGCUGAAUAUUGAUGGAGAACACAGUCUCUCUAGACAGGAACUAGAGAUUAAUCAGACCAUGCCUAGAGAUUUACUCAAGAUAUCACCAGUUCUUCUAAUCUCAGCAAUACCAUUUACAAAUUAUAUCAUAUUCCCUCUUGCUUAUUUUUUUCCCCGACACCUUCUUACGUAUCACUACUGGUCUUUACAACAAAGGCUGGAUUUCCUGUUGAUAGAACACAAGAAGAGAUUGAAACAUAAUAAACCACUGUUCAGAUGCAUGCAGGCUCAGGUGCAUCAGAUAAAGAAUCGUGAAUUAAAAAGGAAAUGGAGGGACAUCAUAGCUUGCCUUGGUAGUGGUACUCAUCCUACCACUUCGAAUAUCAUUGCAUGUAUUGAAUUAUUUACUGCACCACCAUAUUCUCUGAGUUCGCUUAAGAGAAAACAUAUUAAAGAAUUACUGGCAAUUCAUGGAAUGAACAAAUGGUGUUUUAAUAGGAAAAGUCGAUUAUUAGAUAGAGGACUAUUAAUUAAAGAAAUGGAUGAUGCUAUUAGAAAAGAAGGAGGUGUCACAAAGAUGCAUAAUGAUGCUUUAAAAUGGGCACUGUCCUUUAGAGGUGUCAAUCCUGUGAACAUGUCAGUGGAGGGUAUGCAGGAUUGGCUGGAGAAGUGGCUUGAGGUAUCCUGUAUGAUUGAUGAGAAUAGUAUAUCCUUACUUUUGCAUUGUCCUAUUCUAUUGGCUUAUAAUCACGAGACUAAUUGGAUUCUACUAUAUCAUUAAUUAUACAGAAUGAAUGUAUGGACGAAUUUUUUUUUUUUUUACGUCGAACUUGUUUUGGUACAUAACUCAAUUACUAGAAAAUUGUAAUAUUAUUUUCUGUACUUCGUCAAUAUUAUAUGACAGAUGGUUAAGCAAAAAAUUAUAA